GCCUGUCGGGUGAAUACCAGGAAACCGCACGCCUGCCAGAACACAUCAUUGCAACUUUGACUCCUACUGUACUAAUUCUGUGAAUGACACUAGCAAGAGGGGGAAAAAGAAACCUUGAAAAAUGAAAGAGAAGAGAGCUGAGAAACUAAAUCUGCAGGGGAAAAGGAACUACCAGAGUUGUAGUGAAACAGCCAGCCGAUGCGAGCCCGCAGUCAGAGGGAGGGAAAAAGGCUGGGCUUAAGCAACCUGCUACCGGGUUUUAGACAAAGGCUGUUUGAAAGGCUGAGGACGAGGCGGCAUCCGUUGCUAAUAUCAGCACGCGGAGAGUGCCAGCAGCUGGACUGCCGGGAUGAAACCGAAUAAAUUCACAGCGUCUCCUUCAGGGCAGGAAUUCCCGGAGUAUGCACCAAAAUAGGAACUCAGAGAAAAAAGUAAGUUUGGGAGAGGACUUAACAGAUUUUGACGGUCUUUGAAAUCUCACUCCUCUUGGAGGCAUGCCUUCAUUGAUGCGUUACCUCUUUAUAGUUUCUGUCUCUUGUGUAAUCGUUUUUAUCGUGUUCUAUGUGUUCAGUUUUGGGGGAGAGCAAGGCUUCCAGAGGCUAAACAACUCGGACACUUUGAUGCUGAGUCAAGUUUGCACAUCCUUUAUCAAAGGCAAAACACCUUUCCUCUGGAGAAACAAGCUCAUAAUGUAUGAGACAUCUUCUUGCAAGGACUACCUGACUCAAAGCCACUACAUCACGGCGCCCUUAUCUAAAGAAGAAGCUGCAUUUCCUUUGGCAUACACCAUGGUCAUCCAUCACAAUUUCGAUACCUUUGCAAGGCUCUUCAGAGCUAUUUACAUGCCUCAGAAUGUCUACUGUGUUCACGUGGAUGAGAAAGCGACAGUCGAAUUUAAAGAUGCUGUGGAGCAAUUACUGAGCUGCUUCCCAAAUGCUUUUCUGGCUUCCAAGAUGGAGCCCGUGGUCUAUGGUGGGAUUUCCAGGCUCCAGGCUGACUUGAACUGCAUCAAAGAUCUUGCAGCCUUGGAGGUUCCAUGGAAGUACGCCAUCAACACCUGCGGGCAAGAUUUCCCCCUGAAAACCAACAGGGAGAUAGUUCAGUAUCUGAAGGGAUUCAAAGGGAAAAACAUCACCCCAGGGGUGCUGCCUCCGGCUCAUGCAAUUGGACGGACUAAAUAUGUCCACCGAGAACACCUGGGCAAAGAGCUUUCCUAUGUGAUAAGAACCACAGCGUUGAAACAGCCUCCUCCCCAUAAUCUCACCAUUUACUUUGGCUCUGCUUAUGUUGCCUUGUCAAGAGAGUUCACCAACUUCGUUCUCCAUGACCCACGGGCUCUCGACUUGCUCCAGUGGUCCAAAGACACCUUCAGCCCGGAUGAACAUUUCUGGGUGACGCUCAACAGGAUUCCAGGUACGUGGGAUUUCCUAUUUCCCGUGAAGGCAACGUGCCAUACUUGA